GCUUCUGUGCGGUCUGAUUGGGCCUCUGUGUACCUGAAAUGUCAGGGCCUAUUUAAAUUCUCAGUCCGGACCUGCUCGGUGCCCCUGCUCCAUCGAUUUGAAUGUGAUCAGUGUGUGUGCAAUUACACCCAGUGCAGCUGAAGCUGAGGUCAGUAUUUGGGCUCUCAAAUUUAAAUCAAUGGAGCAGAUCUGCUCCUCUCCGCCAGAAAAAAUACGCAGGCUGAUAAGAGCCACUGACAACAGCCUGUGUGGCCAUAGCCUAAGGAGAGUUCACAUAACCAGCAGACAGGAGGGGAUUCCAGAUAUGAAUGUGCAGAAGAAGAUUUACAAGAGGGGAUAGUGUAGGACUGACUUUAAUUUUACACAUAGCUAUACUUAAAUGGACACUGUAGAUUGUAUUAAUCUCUGCAUUCCUGUCUGCAUUGCCCUGCCCUGUUUUCAGCAAUUAUCAUAUCUGGAGUUAAUGCAGAUGAUCAAUUUUCUACUGUAGUUACUAGCAUUUAUGGGGUUAAUGCUGAUUAGCAAAUUAAACACAGACUCUAUCACAUAUCUAUCAAGCAGGGAUCUAUGUAAAAAUAACACCACUCCUUACCAUGAAAUGUUUUCCAGGUUGGUUCUAAUGUGACCUGUUGAUUGCUGUUGGACUGGAUUGUUGUUUAUAAACAUGGAAACAGUAAGGGAGGAACUCCACGAUGCGUUUGGUGCUGACAUGUCGCCAUGCGACGAAAUGCAUGUGACAUGUCAGAUGUUGUGAAGGAGAGUCGCAUGUAAGAACUACAUUUAUCCGUCUGUCGUAUGAAAACGCAGCACGUUGCAUGCACGUGCGAUUCUCAUUCACUUCCUGUUUCUUCACAACAUCUGACACGUCGCAUGCGUUCCGUCACAUGGCGACGUGUCUGCACCAAACGCAUCUUGGAGUUCCUCCCUAAAAUGGCUUUGAUUUGAAGUGAAUGAGGCUUGUUAUAACAAUGAGUGGGACUUAUAAUUAUUGACAGGACUUAAUUUCUCGCUGCACGGAGCACACACCAUCCCCACAUACCCAUUGGGGAUCAUUUACCCUUUUUUUUUCUAGGGGGACUUUAAAUAAGUUAUGGAAUUCUUUUGUGCCACAAAGGUUGUUCAGGACCAGUUCUGUAGAACUCUUUAUAGAAAGAAAUGGCCCUGUCUUUAGUAAGUUCAUGGUGACCCUCCCUAAACAGCAUGAGUACCCUGUAUUGGGUCACUACCCAUAGGAUAAGAAUCUCUUCCUUAUGGGAAUAUCCACCUGAAACCUGUUUUCUUGCAUAAUUAGAGAACAUUUGAUUAAACAAUUAAUCAAAAGGGGACCUGUCACCCAGACAAAAAUGACUGUAUAAUAAAAGUCAUAUUCAAAUUAAACGUGAACCCCAAUUAAUUUUUUUUAUUAAAACAUCCAUACUAAUUUAAAAAUCUCAGCUGUCAAUAAAAUAUUGUCUUCCCCGCAUCUAUGCAACUGGCAUAGAAAUAGCUUUCACUUUUCUUCUGCAUUUCUUAGGUGUCAUCACUGCCCUUUUUACAUUUCACACCCUCACUUUAGUAGUUUGGGCAUAGGAAUGAGGUUCUUUUUUCUACCAGAUACACAAGAUUUUGGGAUGAUUUAAAGCUUGCCUUGAUAACUGCUUAUACAAAAUGUCUGAUGCCUGCUUGCUGUGAUUGUGGAGAAGAAAGGAAGCAAUAUUUAAUAGUUUAUAUAGUGACCAUGGAGAAGAAAAGCUGGGACCCUGCAGUUGCAUUUCCUGUGUGUAUGACAGGCAUUCUUGUCACUUCAGUGGCCCUGGAGGUGGUUUAUCUAAUUCUAAGUAACCCAGGAAAUGGCCAAGUGACACUUUUGCUGCUGACAUCUUAUCUUAUAUUUAAUGUUAUCGGUAACAUGGUAAAAUUCAUUCAGACCAAUCCAACUAUUAAAGGAGUCUUCCUGGAGCAUGGUAUUAUGGGGCAAGGUUGGGAGUAUUGCUACUCUUGCCAAACUCACGUUCCACCAAGAUGCCAUCAUUGCUUUGAUUGUAAUGUGUGUGUCCUUCGAAGAGAUCAUCAUUGUACACUACUUGGAAAGUGUGUUGGGCACUCCAAUUAUCGCUACUUCUUUUGUACCUUAGUUCAUGGUUGGUUGGCUCUCCUCCUAGCUACAUUUCUCAACGCUGAGAUUUUCAUGGAGGUGCUACAUGAGGGUUUUGGAUUUCACAGCUUUUUCCUUCUUUUGAUGCCAUGGAUGAUGCUGGUCACGGGGCAAGUGACCCUCUCAGCCUUUGUUUUUGCUUUUGUUGCUGACACAUGUGUCAUAGGAUUUCUCUUCUGCUUUGCUUUCUUCACUUUGCAUUCUAUUCUUCUGUAUCGUGGAUCUACCACCAAAGAGUGGUUUCGUGGUCCCACAAAGGAGGAUUAUGACCUUGGUUGGAAGAGGAAUUUCCAGGAAUACCUUGGAGAGCGAUGGUACCUUGUCUUGUUAUUCCCGUGGAUAGAGUCCAGGAUUCCAGGCAAUGGAAUUAAUUUCCAGACAGCACCCAACAGUAGAAAAUUUUCUAAAUCUACAGACCUUUGACCGUUGCAUUUUUUGUACAGCCGGUCAUUCUGUUUUGUGAGUCUUUAAUUUGGGUAUACUUAUGAAAACAACAGACUUCUACAUGUUUAUAGGAUGAAAUUAUUUUAAAAACAAAGAGCUUUUCUCUCUUUGCAUAUUGCUUGCUAAUCUGCUAAUAGAAAAUAUAUUGAUAAUGUUCAUUAUCACAGUUUUUAUGAGAUACAUAUGUUUAGUAAAAGUAUAUGGUUUUUUUUUGGUGUGCACAUAAUUAGUACAUGGUGGAGCAUAUCUGUUUAUCUGGAACAGGUCAGAAGUUGCUAUCUAUGCAUGGUUUGCUAGUGCUAUAGGAAGUUGCAAACAAAUGUGGAAACGUAUUCCCUACAAGUUUACAUAAAUGGAAGGUAAAAAAGUAAUAUUUUCUCUACUUACACUCCAGCCAUAGGUCUUGUUUUAAGGAAGCAUCAUGUGGUUGCCACAGUUUUUAAAGGGUGACAGCUGCUGUUUGUAUUGCUCUGUAGCUAUGCACAACCCUUUGUCAUAACAUGUAUCAAGGACUAGGCUUUGUGUGGGAAACAAUCAUCUUAUGAAAACAAAAUCCCACACUGUUUAAUUAUCUUCAAAUUAUGAAAGUGUUUGUGUGUUCCAAUAAUAAUAUAUAUAUUUGAUAUAUAUAUAUAUAUAUAAAAACCACAGCCUUAGAUUCACACAGGAAGGUAUUGUAGCUUCUCCUUUUCUAAUGCAUUACCUGAUCUCCGACACAAUAAGUAAAAGAUGCAUAUUGGGGAGUAAAGGAGGCCAUGGCACCAUAAAGUAUAAAACAAUUGAAGUACAUGACAGAUUGUAUAUAAUAACUAAAAUUUACUUUAGUGAAGAACUAUCCCUCACUAUAUGAUUAGAGAGACCAUGAGCAGCAGUCAGGGGAUUGUUACAAGAUAAGUAUAUAAACCAUCGAUUUUCAAGAAAUAUGAAUAUGUUAGGCUUUCCAAAUGAAGGAUUUAGCUUAUAAUGGGUUACAAGCAUUUAUUACAUUGACAAGGAAAUGGGCAUUUUAGUAUUCGGAAAGCAUGUCAUCAUUAUUACUUGCAAGUGUCAUGUAUUUCAAAGUGUUAGUUCAGUUAAAAGAAAACCAAAUAUUUAUAAUCAAGCUAAAAACCAAAUGAUACAAAUGUAAUUAGAAAAUGAAACUGCUUGCACAGUCUGCAUUAUCUAUAAGCUUCAGUGGUUUGUUUGCUCUAGGGGUAGGCAGAAAAGACAGGAGCAUCGGGUGCAUUAUUGAAAGGGUUAUGGUCUAUUUUCUAAAAUCACCUCACCACCAUUCCAUCCCAGUCUUCUACAUGGUACUAGAAUUUGCUUAGUUAGUUCAGCGGAUCUCUUCCUAUAAAGUGUAUGUGUUUGGGUCUAGUAGCUGCCAAGAAUUCUUCUAGCUGCAUGUGCAGAGUCAAGACGUGGACAUUUGAUUUGUACAAAUAUGGGAGGUGACGUAAGGGGGUGUCGCAUGCCUAGUGCAUUAAAUUGUCUACACCUGGAACUGAUGGCAGCACAGCAAAGUAGAUUCACCUUGAGUAUGUGUGGAUUAGGAAACUGUUAUAAGUGCUCUUACAGACAAGUGUUUUUACCUGAUAAAGGUUUUCAAAAACCGGACAGAUCAUUUUUUUGUAUUUUGGCCUUUCCGGAAACCGUUUUGAUAGACUGGUGCAUAAUCUUUCUGGGUCACAGCUAGUCUUGUCAGUACUGGGGAUCCAGUAGGUUAAUACUAAUAAAAAACUUUGUAUGUUGCAAAGAAAAAAGUCACAACACGUUUUAUUUUAAUUUUACUUGAUACUGAAGAGGUUGCACAAUAAUGUGGCUGUUAA